AUGCAAUCGCUUGACCGCUGUGUUGCCACCGCGGACAGUUGUCUUGGCAGCGUGGACCGUUGUAUUUCAAUCACAGACAGUCGUAUUGCCAAGCUGAACAGUGGAAGUCUUGGAAUUUCCAGCGAUGCACGCCUUUACGGUCCUAAAAAUCAAUGGGAGAAAACCAAAGAGUUUCCAAAACCUGGUACUUUUAAUCUUCCUGUAGAUCAGGCAAGGAACAUGUAUCAAUACAAAAAGGAAAAAAAUGUGUGGGAAUCUUCCCGUAAGUGUUUUUAAAUUCAUCCCCUGGAAAAAAUAUCCGAACCGAAAUCUUUUGGAAUAUUAGGAGGAAAAGAAAAGUUCAAAGGGCUGCCGGCUCUUGAUGUUCCAGGUGUAGAACCAUGUUUUGAUCAAUCCAAUAACCCAUUAAUCAAAUCAGAAACUACGCUAAGAUCAAAUGAUACCAAUCUCGAAUCUGACUCUCCAGCAGUUGUUAAGGACGAAGAAGGAAACAAAGACCAUCCAGCAGAAUCCCUUGCUCAGCAAAAGGAGAGGUUGAUUAUCAAAAUCGCUGAACUUCGGGUUAAGGCGAAGGGCCAAAUACUUGCUGCCGGGUUCCAACGUCAAAAGUUGGAACGAAAAGCUGGUACCGAAUAUCAGAGAUUGUGGAAGAUCGCUUUUAAAGAGGAUGCUAAGUCGAAGCUGGAUGCUAGAAAGUUGAGCGCCAAGGCUAAAAGACUCCAAGGAGUAGUAAAAGGCCUGGAAUCUUUGGAGCGGGAGAGAGAAAAGGCCAAAAAGGAAUUUCUUGAGGCAAAGAGAAAGUGCGAGAGGCUUGAGCAGGUGGCCAAACGUCUGCGAAAAGAAUGA